CAAGAUGGAGCCGGCAGCCGGCGGUCCCGGCCCGCUGAUCAUGAACAACAAACAGCCUCAGCCGCCACCACCUCCGCCACCGGCAACCGCGCAGCCUCCACCCGGAGCCCCGCGGGCCGGCGGGGGCCUCCUGCCCGGGGGGAAAGCCCGAGAGUUCAACCGCAACCAGCGCAAAGACUCGGAGGGCUAUUCCGAGUCACCAGAUCUCGAGUUUGAAUAUGCUGACACAGACAAGUGGGCUGCAGAGCUCUCGGAGCUGUACAGCUACACAGAAGGGCCAGAAUUCCUGAUGAAUCGAAAAUGCUUUGAGGAGGACUUCCGGAUCCAUGUAACAGAUAAGAAAUGGACCGAGCUGGAUACCAACCAGCACCGUACCCAUGCCAUGAGGCUCCUGGAUGGCCUGGAAGUCACUGCCAGGGAGAAAAGACUCAAGGUGGCUCGAGCAAUUCUCUAUGUUGCCCAAGGCACGUUUGGAGAGUGCAGCUCGGAGGCAGAGGUGCAGUCCUGGAUGCGCUACAACAUCUUUCUGCUCCUGGAGGUGGGCACGUUCAAUGCAUUGGUGGAGCUUCUGAACAUGGAGAUAGACAACAGUGCGGCCUGCAGCAGCGCAGUGAGGAAGCCAGCCAUCUCCCUGGCAGACAGCACAGACCUGAGGGUCCUGCUUAACAUCAUGUACCUGAUUGUGGAGACUGUUCAUCAGGAGUGUGAGGGUGAUAAGGCUGAGUGGAGGACCAUGCGACAGACCUUCAGGGCUGAGCUGGGUUCCCCCCUGUACAACAAUGAACCAUUUGCCAUCAUGCUGUUUGGGAUGGUGACCAAAUUUUGCAGCGGCCAUGCCCCUCACUUCCCCAUGAAGAAAGUUCUCUUGCUGCUCUGGAAAACAGUAUUGUGCACCCUGGGUGGCUUUGAGGAGCUCCAGAGCAUGAAGGCUGAGAAGCGCAUGGUCCUGGGUCUCCCCCCGCUGCCUGAGGACAGCAUCAAGGUGAUCCGCAACAUGAGGGCUGCGUCUCCGCCAGCGUCUGCCUCAGACCUGAUUGAGCAGCAGCAGAAGCGGGGCCGUCGGGAGCACAAGGCACUGAUAAAACAGGACAACUUGGAUGCCUUCAACGAGCGGGAUCCCUACAAGGCUGAUGACUCUCGGGAAGAGGAAGAGGAGAAUGAUGAUGACAACAGUCUGGAGGGGGAGACAUUCCCCCUUGAGCGGGAUGAAGUGAUGCCUCCCCCGUUACAGCAGCCUCAGACUGACAGGCUCACCUGCCCAAAGGGGCUUCCGUGGGCUCCCAAGGUCAGAGAGAAGGACAUUGAGAUGUUCCUCGAGUCCAGCCGCAGCAAGUUUAUAGGUUACACUCUAGGCAGUGAUACAAACACAGUGGUGGGGCUGCCCAGGCCAAUCCACGAAAGCAUCAAGACUCUGAAACAGCACAAGUACACAUCGAUUGCAGAGGUCCAGGCCCAGAUGGAGGAGGAGUACCUUCGCUCUCCCCUCUCAGGGGGAGAAGAGGAAGUAGAGCAAGUACCUGCAGAAACCCUGUACCAAGGCUUGCUUCCCAGCCUGCCUCAGUACAUGAUCGCACUGCUGAAGAUCCUGCUGGCUGCGGCCCCCACCUCAAAGGCCAAAACGGACUCAAUCAACAUCUUAGCAGAUGUCCUGCCUGAGGAGAUGCCCACCACGGUGUUGCAGAGCAUGAAGCUGGGUGUGGAUGUGAACCGCCACAAGGAGGUCAUUGUUAAGGCCAUUUCCGCUGUCCUGCUGUUGCUGCUCAAACAUUUUAAGUUGAACCACGUCUACCAGUUUGAAUACAUGGCCCAGCACCUGGUGUUUGCCAACUGCAUCCCUUUGAUCCUGAAGUUCUUCAAUCAAAACAUCAUGUCCUACAUCACCGCCAAGAACAGCAUCUCUGUCCUGGAUUACCCCCACUGCGUGGUGCACGAGCUGCCGGAGCUGACCGCCGAGAGUCUGGAGGCAGGUGACAAUAACCAGUUUUGCUGGAGGAACCUCUUUUCCUGUAUCAAUCUGCUUCGGAUCUUGAACAAGCUGACAAAGUGGAAGCACUCGAGGACCAUGAUGCUGGUGGUGUUCAAGUCGGCCCCCAUCCUGAAGCGCGCCCUCAAGGUGAAGCAAGCCAUGAUGCAGCUGUAUGUGCUCAAGCUGCUCAAGGUGCAGACCAAGUACCUGGGGCGGCAGUGGCGGAAGAGCAACAUGAAGACCAUGUCUGCCAUCUACCAGAAGGUGCGGCAUCGGCUGAACGACGACUGGGCGUAUGGCAACGAUCUUGAUGCCCGGCCUUGGGACUUCCAGGCAGAGGAAUGUGCCCUCCGUGCCAAUAUCGAACGCUUCAACGCCCGGCGGUACGACCGGGCCCAUAGCAACCCGGACUUCCUGCCUGUGGACAACUGCCUACAGAGUGUCCUGGGCCAGCGGGUGGACCUCCCUGAGGACUUCCAGAUGAACUAUGACCUCUGGUUAGAAAGGGAGGUCUUCUCCAAGCCCAUUUCUUGGGAGGAGCUGCUGCAGUGAGGCUCCUGGGCAGGGGACUGACAAGGAAAGGCGGAGUGACCUUGGAGGUGCCCCAGGGGCUGUCCCAGUCCGUGGGUGCAGUGCUCCCACCUUCCUCCAGGUGGCAGCAUGGCCCCACAGUGCCCUCCCUAGGCCGCGCUGGGCUGGUGGGGGAGGCCACAUUUGGCCCCUCAUUGAUUCCCAGCGUCCUGCUCUGAGUGCAGUCUGCUCUCAGCUUGGGAUCCCCUCUUCCUUCACUCCUCCCUACCCUCUUCUCUUGGACAUGGUUGGUUGCAGCUCAUUUCUCAUUCAGCCCAAGGCUGGGAAAAGCUGGAGUGGGCUGGGAAGCCAUUGCAUCUGAAUCGCAGGGGUCACGCUGACUCUUCCCAAGAUGCACAGAUUCUUGGCAUGUCAGCCUACCAAGGAGGAGGGCUUAGGGUAUGGGCCAGGGCCAGAAAGUUGGAAUCUUGGUUUUGCUUUGGGGGUUUCUGAUGUCAUUCCAGCCUUCUGCUAAGUUUCGUCCAGAAGCGUUGGAGAGGCUCCUGCAUCUGCCUCAAUGCUUUGAUUUGGGACGGGGUUAGGGGGUAGGAAGGGAAGCUGAGCUUCGCCAGAGAUGCCACUUCUCCUCUGGGUUUGCGAGGGUCUGUAAAUACCUAUAUAUAUAUAUCUCUGUGUAUUCUCUCGUGUCCUGUGGGGUUUUUAACGUGUUUGUGUAUUCUGUUUACAUUAAAAAGAAGCGAAACCAA